CAGGGGAGAUGGGCAGCAGGUUUUGUGGAGCGUUCAGAGCGAUCCUGUCAGUUCAGUUCAUCUAUGGGUUGUUUGGCGACUGUGUGUCACGGAUAAAAACAUGCGUUCCUUUUGGACUAGGAGUAACAUGGGGACACAGGGGAAUUUCAGACCAAUAGAUGGUAUUUUACGUCUUGGCAGCUAGGGUACCCCACUGGAGCCUACCCACUGUAUGGAAACGAUGUCCAAAGUGAAUGGAAGGACAAUAACUAAAUGAGAGCACUACCUCAAAAUAUCAUCGCCCCCCUUUAUCCUGGAGCAUCAUUACUUAUCCAAAGCUAUUCAAACAGUAAAUCAAUUUUUAAAUGGCUGAACUUGAAGUAUGCAAAAAUCUCAGUUUUGAGAAGGUGGAGCGAUGUAUGAGUGCCAUGCAGUCGGGGACACAGAUGGUGAAGUUGAAGGCUGGUUCCAAGGGGCUGGUGAGACUGUUCUACCUGGACGAACAUCGCUCAUGCAUCCGAUGGAGACCCUCACGCAAGAGCGAGAAGGCCAAGAUCACUAUUGAUUCGCUGUACAAGGUGACGGAGGGCCGUCAGUCAGACAUCUUCCACCGCCAUGCGGAGAACAGUUUCGACCCGGCCUGCUGUUUCACCGUUUAUCAUGGCAACCACAUGGAGUCCCUAGACCUGGUGACCUCUAACCCUGAGGAGGCUCGGACCUGGGUGACAGGACUACAAUACCUGAUGGCUGGCAUCAGUGACGAGGACUCACUGGCCAAACGACAACGCACCCACGACCAGUGGAUGAAGCAGACGUUUGAGGAGGCUGAUAAGAACGGGGAUGGUUUGUUGAACAUGGAGGAGAUCUACCAGCUACUGCACAAGAUGAACGUCAACCUGCCCCGCAGGAAGGUCAAACACAUGUUCCAGGAAGCGGACUCGGAUGACCAACAGGGCACGUUGACAUUUGAGGAGUUCAGUGUGUUUUAUAAGAUGAUGUCUCUCCGGCGGGACCUGUAUCUGCUGCUCAUGGGAUACAGUGACAGGAAGGACCACCUGACUGCCGACGAGCUGGCCAACUUCCUGCUCAACGAACAGAAGAUGGUGAAUGUGACUACAGAGUACUGUCUGGAUGUCAUUGAAAAGUUUGAGCUGUCUGAAGAGAACAAACAGAAAGGCAUUCUGGGAAUUGAGGGUUUCACCAGUUUCAUGCGCAGCCCCACGUGUGAUGUGUUUAACCCUGAACACCAUGAGGUGAACCAGGACAUGGAUCAGCCUCUGAGUAGCUACUACAUCUCCUCGUCUCAUAACACCUACCUAACGGGAGACCAGCUGCUGUCUCACUCCAAGACAGACAUGUACGCCUGGGUACUACAGGCUGGCUGCCGCUGUGUGGAGGUGGACUGUUGGGAUGGUCCUGAUGGAGAGCCCAUGGUUCAGCAUGGUUACACUCUGACCUCCAAGAUCACCUUCAAGUCUGUCAUAGAGACCAUCGACAAAUACGCCUUCAUCAGCAACCAGUACCCAGUGAUCCUAUCCAUAGAGAACCAUUGUAGCAUCCAACAACAGAAGAAGAUAGCCCAGCACCUCAGAGAGAUCCUGGGAGACAAGCUGGACCUGGGAGAGGCCCUCCGCAGAGACUCUAUACAGCUACCCAGCCCCCACUCUCUACAGGGGAAGAUACUCAUCAAGGGGAAGCGUCUCCCUCCCUACCUGUCUGUGGAUGUUGAGGAGGGGGAGGUGUCAGAUGAUGACGACAGUGCUGAUGAGAUUGACGACAACUUUAAACUAAAGAACAGCAAUAGUAAUGGUAACCACCAAGUGGAAAGUUACAUCAGGAAGAAGCUGGACUCUCUGUUGAAGGAGGCUCAGAUUGGAGACAAGGAGGACACAGACAGCUCCAGCAUCAGAGCCCUGCUCAGAGCCACACACGUGGGCCUGCAGAAGAACCUACCGAAUCCCAAAGAGGGACUUAAAAAAUCCCAAAGUCGAUCAUUCAUCAGCAACAUCAAGCAAAAGAGACACUCUAAAUCCAGGCUGAAGUCCCAGAGUACCGAUGGAGAGGAGGAAGGACAGGAGACCUCUGGGAAAGAGGCGGGAGGACAGAUCACCAGGGGAGGGAGGAAAAGGAAGACGAUGAAGCUGAGUAGAGAUCUGUCAGACCUGGUUGUUUUCACUAACUCUGUGGCCUCUCAGGAGGGACUGGACGACAGUACUCCUGGGAAUGUUCUGUCGUUCAGUGAGACUCGUGCCCAGCAGCUAGUGAACCACAGAGCUGAGCGCUUCCUGUGUUUCAACCAGCGACAGCUGUCUAGAAUCUACCCCUCAGCCUACCGUAUAGACUCGUCCAACUUCAACCCUCAGCUCUACUGGAAUGUGGGCUGUCAGCUGGUGGCUCUGAACUACCAGACAGAGGGUCGGAUGAUGCAGCUCAACAGAGCCAAGUUCAUGGUGAACGGUGGCUGUGGCUACGCCCUCAAACCUCCACCCAUGUGUAAAGGCUCGUUCAACCCGUUCAGUGACGACCCCCUCCCUGCCUACCCCAAGAAACAGUUGGUGCUGAAGAUCAUCAGUGGACAGCAGCUUCCCAAACCACCAGACUCUAUGUUGGGGGACCGGGGAGAGAUCAUUGACCCGUUUGUAGAGGUGGAGAUCAUCGGCCUGCCAGUGGACUGCUGCAAGGAGCAAACUCGAGUAGUGGACGACAACGGUUUUAACCCCGUGUGGGAGGAGAACCUGUCCUUUACCCUCCACAUGGCGGAGGUGGCUCUGGUGCGUUUCCUCGUUUGGGACCAUGACCCCAUCGGACGAGACUUUGUGGGCCAGAGGACUGUGGCCUUCAAUAGCCUGAUGCCAGGUUAUAGACAUGUGUACUUGGAGGGGUUGACUGAGGCGUCAAUCUUUAUCCACGUAUCAGUUCAUGACAUCUAUGGGAAGUGGAAUCCACUAGUCCUGAACCCCAGCUUUACCAUAAUGCACUUUCUAGGAGCCCACAAGGGUCGUCAGCUAGGAGGCAUCAGGGGCUUAUUUAACAGGCCCUCUAAGUUUUCAGUAGACACCAGCUGUGGUUCGGCCCUCAGGAAACGCUCCAUCAGUGACCACCUCCUCCGACGCACCGCCAGCGCCCCCGCCAACCGUCGCAAGAAAACCAAGAUGAAGCUCGCUGAGUCCUCUACCUCCAUAUCAGACCGCAAGGCCUCCAUAUCAGACCGCAAGGCCUCCAUAUCAGACGGCAAGGCCUCCAUAUCGGACCGCAAGGACAGAGUGUGGGCCGGGGCAGGGGCUGGGGGGGAGGGGUCCCAGAACAGGGAAAGGGACAGGGAGGGGGUAAUGGUGGAGAGACGCCCAACACCCCUCACCCACAGGCCCAUCUCCAUGCCCCUGGAGGGGCUACUGCAGGGACAGCUCUCCCUCUGCUCCCCCGACCAGGAGCAGACUGACCUGGGUGCAGACACACACAUCGGAACGUCCCCCUUUAACCAGCCCGGGUCCCACUCUGUGGAACUCGUCGUCGAAUCAUCCGCCUCCCUUGAGCACAAAGUGUUCACCCCUUCCAUCAAUCACAACAACGCACAGGAUAACACCACCGAGUCUGACCAAUCAGAUGACACCUCCUACCUGGUCAUUGGCCGAGGAGGAGGAACUGUAGAUGGUGACUCCAAAAACCAAACACAAGACAGAGUCAACCCACCCAGCAAAGCUGAGGGCGUUUCUUCUCGCCAAAGGACGUUGUGUCACCUCAGCAGCUCAACAGAGACAGAGAGCAACUGUUUACACGUACCAAGUGAGAGCAGACCAGAGACAACAUUACUUAGUACAACAAACACAGCAACUUCCUCCUCUCCUUCCUCUGAGCUCUCCAUCUCACUACUGAAUGUGGACCGGUCCGAUCUGCAGAGCCCCGUCCACCUACAGGACAGCAUCAUCUCACAUCUCAUUGACGCCGUAUCCCUCGGCAACGAUACCACCAACGGGUCUAUUUCCGCUCUGAUUGGUCAGUUUGACCUCACCGGCGACCAGAAUGAUUUCACAAUGAACUCUGACCCCCACACCCUCAGUGUCAUGUCCUGUCUGUCCGAUCCUGCUGUCUGGGACUCCAGCACACCCGAUAAGGUUACCAUAGACUAUACCACCCGAUAUAAAGACCCACACACCAUCUCCUCCCCCCGCAAGGCAAUGAACGGACCUAUCACUCCUCAAAAAGCAAGCCAGACCCCUAACCACGCGAACCAGAAUCUACUCUCACCCCACCCCAAAACCUCCCACACAGACCCCAAUGCGCCCCUUCUCUUCUCCAGUCCUGAGACCACGGAGCUGGAGGAGGUCUAUACCAUCCUGGAUGAGGAGGUAUUGUCUCCAGUCUCUGUCUACAACCUGAAGAAGCAGACCAUCGGCAACAUCCAGGCUGACUCUGAGGAGAACACACCCAUGGGAAGCCUGGAGCCUUCCCCAGCCAAGGUGCCUCCUUUCCUAGGGGUAGAAGGCAAUGGCAGCUGGGUGGGCUCACGGAGGGGUGUGGUGGAGGAGAAAGGAGAGGGCUACGGGGGUGAGUGUGAUCCUAAAAGGUUGGGGUCAGUGGGAGAGUGGGGGUUGUCGUGGGGUUACACGUGCCUGUCCAACAACAGUACAGUGUCUGACCAAUUCCUGUUGUGCCAUGACACGGAAGGAAGUAGUCUGAUGGAGGUGGAAAUUAACGUGGACGAGGAUCCACUGGAGAUGACCCUGACAUUACCGAGACACAACCAUACCUGGGUCGCUACCAGCCCAACCAAAUGCUACGCUGCUCCUCAACUCCAGCACUCCCAAUGUUCUUCACCCGUCAAACAGCCCUCACACCAGCCCUCCCCUCGCCAAGCCCCAUUGACAACCCCUCAAACUCAGCCCUCCUCCUGCAAAGGGCCCCCCAACCCCAGCCCCCUCCUCCUGAACAGCCAUCCUUCCACUCAUAGCAGACACAUUACCAGAGCCUUCACCCAGCAGCACAGUUACAGUGGUCCCACCCAGCCCCAGACCAGGAGCUACCAGGGUGGGACAGGGGAAGGACAGGGUCAGGGAGAAGCGUCAACCUGCUUCCAGAAUGGGUUCUCCUCCUCAGAGUGUAUGUCUGUUCUUUCUGGUCCAAGGUCUGUUAGCCUCCCCAGAGACAGAGGCCUGUACUCCCCCAGCUCAGACUGUAGUGUGGAUUCCAGUCAGCGAGACUACGACUGCUUCAGACACUCUACUGCCUCGGCCUCCCACUACACCCAGCCCCAACCCCAUCCCAAAACAGACACCCAGCUCCAACCCCUGACCCAAACCCAACCCCAAUCAGACACCCAGCCCAAGCCACAAACUCAGCUCCAACCCCAAUCUGGUCGCCCAUCACUGCCCCUUUUGGGCUCCACCCUCACCCCUCCUCUACCUAUCCUCAGACCAUCCACAGCCCCCAGCCCCUGCAAGUCCAAGUCUCUGGGUGACCUGACAUCAGAGGACAUCUCCUGCAACUUCCACAGCAAGUACAACAUCAUCAGCCGCAGCUUUAUCACCCCCUGUAUGAGGGAGCGGAGGAGGAUGAGGGGCCUGGGAGGUCUGUCCCAACGACUGCAGUCUGCAGACCCCCUCACCGAGCAGUUACGCAAACUAGUCACCCUAGAGGGGGAUGACAGAGACGGGGACAGACCCCAGGCACCCCAGCUUACCCAGUUACCUCAGUUACAGAUACCCCCCAAACCCUUCAUACCCCCAUCCUGCCCCUCCUCAAACUUUGUCCCUGACACCCAGGAGGACUCCCCGCCCCUCCUCUCUCGCCGUCUCUCCUCUCGGAGCCAGAGCCGUGUGCGUCACAUCAACAAUCGUGCUCGAGAGAGGCAGCGGGAGGCUCUAAAGCCCCGGGACAUGAGCGCCCCCUCCAGCGUGGGAGGGGUAGUGCUGCGUACUAAAGUAGCAGCAUGUCAGAACCCCCCAGCUAACAGACACUCCACAGGCUCUUACAUAGCGGGCUACCUGGACCAGCUGGAGGAAAGGGGGCUGCCUGAGGGGGGGUGCACCACACUGGGGUACGGAUACGGAGAUCAUUAUCAUGAUGACUCUCUGCUGCCCACAGACUCCUGUAUACAAUCAGAACCGGAGGUCUACUUCCUGCUCAGACUCUGAACCCACUUCCUGGUUAUCACCUACAUAGAAUGAUGUAUAAUGUACUUCCAAAACGCAGCAAAUCAGCUUCCUGCUUAGGACCAAGGAAAAAAACAUAUAUCAUGGUUGGGCUGUCCAAUAAUACUUUCAGAUAUAAAGUCAAGUACCUGAUUGGGUCUGACAGUCUUGUUUUUUUAUUCUUCUUCAUGUCCUGAUCAGAAUGUUCUUUAAAUGUAGUUUGAACAGACUGUUAAACUACUUCCUACUUUGAUUGUACCCAUUUCCUGUCCUGUCUGUUCUUGUAAUUCUACUUCCUGUUCAAGCUAACGCCAUCUACUAUAAAGCAGAAAAUAAGGAAACUUUACAAAUGUGUUUAACUCUGAAGGGAAGUGUUGUCUUGGUCUUUGUACGUUUUAAAUGUGUAUUAGUAUUAUCAGAGGCCCACAGACAUCAAUGCAAUGUCUAUUUCACGUUAGUUCAACAUUAAAAUGACGUGGAGACAAUGUUGAUUCAACCAGUGUGUGCCCAGUGGGGGACCACUUUUAAGGGAUGGGAUCUGUUGCAUCAAAGAUCUUCCUCAAGUGUCCCUUCUCCUCUGAUUGUCCUCUGUGUGCUGGUGUUGUUGGUACAUAUUCUGCUGUAGAUUCGUUUUUAAUUUAAGGUGUUGUCAUUUAGUUGUUCUGUUUUCUGCAUGUUAAAUGUCCAGCAUGACUAUGCAUCGAUCUGUAGACAUCACAGUGCACUACUAUCUUUUCACAGAAUAAGUAAUAGUGGGAUUGGAUGAAAUACUCGGACUUCUUGCUUGCUCUGACUUCUCGCUUUCUAAUGUUUUAAAAAUUAUCACAUAUGUGAAACUUUUUGAGUUUACAUGCUUGAAUUUUUUUUUUUACAAUUAAUUUAAUACAGACUGCAAAAAAAAAAGGGUGAAAAUUGGGAGCUGGUUAUUAAAAAAACGAGAUGUUUACAAGAACUGAAACACACAGUGGAAUAGGUUGAUAAGGGUGUUUCGACUAGACCAAGUUGCAUGUUUUUAUUCUUCUUUUCACUGUUAAACCCAUCCUUCUUUCUUUGUAUGGUCACUCGGAACAUUACUGUGAGCAUUUUCCUACUGAUGUAAUAAAAUUCAUAAAAAAUGUGA